UGGGACUUACAGCCUGACCUGAGUUUAUAUCAUUCACUGAACUGAUCAGACGAAUUGGCUAUCAAGAUGUGGAGAACAGCAUUGACGACCACAAUUUUUGUGUUAACAGCACAUAGUUUUAUCAGAGCUGAGCAAACAACUGAUGUUACAGAUGCCACAGACUCAACGGAUGACUUCACAGCAGAACCAAUUGUUCACAAUGUAAAUGUUUCUACGACCAACACAAUUGAUGGAUUGCCCUCAGAAAUGACCAUUGAAUCAAUUACAAGUAAAACUGUUGAAUCUAUAACCGGUUUAACAGAUGAAUCAACCAAUGAUGACAUAACGAAAAAGACAACAAUGGAAGAAUUUUCAACAUCCUUGUUGGGAAACCCUACCAUAGAUCUUACAGAUCAUUCAACAGAGAUACCACAAUUUACAACAGAAUUUACUGACAAAUCACCAACAGAUUUCACAGAAGCAUCAGCCACUGAUAUUACUGAUAAACCAGCAACCGCAUUUACACUUGAUUCAUCAGAGGAGACUGAAAUAUCAACUAUUGGAGUUUCAUUUACUGAUGAAAUAACGACUGAUGAGACACUGGAACCGAUAACAUCAUUUCCAUUAGACAUACCUACAAGUGUAACAGAGAUAUCAACAGCAUUUACAACAGAUUCAUCAGAGGAAGAUUCAACAGAGGAAACUGAACCGUCAACUAUUGGAUUUACUGAUGAAUCAACUGCAAUUACAAAACCCCAAUCAACCACAAGAGUUACAGCUGGAUUCACCUUAGAAGAAUCAACUAUAGACUUCACUGAUGAGACACUGGAACCGAUAACAUCAAUCACAUCAGACAUAUCUACCAGUAUCACUGAAAUAAUAACACCAUUCACAACAGAUUCAUCAGAGGAAGAUUCAACAGAGGAAACUGAACCGUCAACUAUUGGAUUUACUGAUGAAUCAACUGCAAUUACAAAACCCCAAUCAACUACAAGCGUUACAACUGGAUUCACCUUAGAAGAAUCAACUAUAGACUUCACUGAUGAGACACUGGAACCGAUAACAUCAAUCCCAUCAGACAUAUCUACAAGUGUUACUGAAAUAUCAACAGCAUUUUCAACAGAUUCAUCAGAGGAAGAUUCAACAGAGGAAACUGAACCAUCCACUAUUGGAUUUACUGAUGAAUCAACUGCAACUACAAAACCCCAAUCAACUACAAGAGUUACAACUGGAUUCACCUUAGAAGAAACUACUAUAGACUUCACUGACGAGACACUGGAACCGAUAACAUCAAUCCCAUCAGACAUAUCUACAAGUGUUACUGAAAUAUCAACAGCAUUUUCAACAGAUUCAUCAGAGGAAGAUUCAACAGAGGAAACUGAACCAUCCACUAUUGGAUUUACUGAUGAAUCAACUGCAACUACAAAACCCCAAUCAACUACAAGAGUUACAACUGGAUUCACCUUAGAAGAAUCAACUAUAGACUUCACUGAUGAGACAUUGGAACCGAUAACAUCAAUCCCAUCAGACACAUCUACAAGUGUAACAGAGAUAUCAACACCAUUCAUAACAGAUUCAUCAGAGGAAGAUUCAACAGAGGAAACUGAACCGUCCACUAUUGGAUUUACUGAUGAAUCAACUGCAAUUACAAAACCCCAAUCAACUACAAGCGUUACAACUGGAUUCACCUUAGAAGAAUCAACUAUAGACUUCACUGAUGAGACAUUGGAACCGAUAACAUCAAUCCCAUCAGACAUAUCUACAAGUGUAACAGAGAUAUCAACACCAUUCACAACAGAUUCAUCAGAGGAAGAUUCAACAGAGGAAACUGAACCGUCCACUAUUGGAUUUACUGAUGAAUCAACUGCAAUUACAAAACCCCAAUCAACUACAAGAGUUACAGCUGGAUUCACCUUAGAAGAAACUACUAUAGACUUCACUGACGAGACACUGGAACCGAUAACAUCAAUCCCAUCAGACAUAUCUACAAGUGUAACAGAGAUAUCAACAGCACUUACAACAGAUUCAACAGAGGAAACUGAACCGUCCACUAUUGGAUUUACUGAUGAAUCAACUGCAACCACGAAACCCCAAUCAACCACAAGAGUUACAGCUGGAUUCACCUUAGAAGAAACUACUAUAGACUUCACUGACGAGACACUGGAACCGAUAACAUCAAUCCCAUCAGACAUAUCUACCAGUGUAACAGAGAUAUCAACAAAAAUUACAACAAAUUCAACAGAGGAAACUGAACCGUCAACCAUUGGAUUUACUGAUGAAUCAACUGCAACUACAAAACCCCAAUCAACUACAAGAGUUACAACUGGAUUCACCUUAGAAGAAACUACUAUAGACUUCACUGACGAGACACUGGAACCGAUAACAUCAAUCCCAUCAGACAUAUCUACAAGUGUAACAGAGAUAUCAACAAAAAUUACAACAGAUUCAACAGAGGAAACUGAACCGUCAACCAUUGGAUUUACUGAUGAAUCAACUGCAACUACAAACCCCCAAUCAACUACAAGAGUUACAACUGGAUUCACCUUAGAAGAAACUACUAUAGACUUCACUGAUGAGACACUGGAACCGAUAACAUCAAUCCCAUCAGACAUAUCUACAAGUGUAACAGAGAUAUCAACAAAAAUUACAACAGAUUCAACAGAGGAAACUGCACCGUCCACUAUUGGAUUUACUGACGAAUCAACUGCAACUACAAAACCCCAAUCAACUACAAGAGUUACAACUGGAUUCACCUUAGAAGAAACUACUAUAGACUUCACUGAUGAGACACUGGAACCGAUAACAUCAAUCCCAUCAGACAUAUCUACAAGUGUAACAGAGAUAUCAACAAAAAUUACAACAGAUUCAACAGAGGAAACUGAACCGUCAACCAUUGGAUUUACUGAUGAAUCAACUGCAACUACAAACCCCCAAUCAACUACAAGAGUUACAACUGGAUUCACCUUAGAAGAAACUACUAUAGACUUCACUGACGAGACACUGGAACCGAUAACAUCGAUCCCAUCAGACAUAUCUACAAGUGUUACUGAGAUAUCAACAGCACUUACAACAGAGGAAACUGAACUACUAACUACAAUAGUUACCGAUCGUUCAAUUACCACAACACAACAGUCAACCACAGGAAUUACUACUGGAUCCACCACAAAAGAAACAACUAUAGAUUUCCCUGCCUUAUCAACAACUGAAAAUGCACUGGAAUCCACUUCACCGUUCACAUCAGGAAUAUCUAAAAGAGUCACUAAAGAAUUAACAACAUCAUUUACAUCAGAAAUGUCAACAAGUGUUACUGAAAAAUCAACGAAUAAGGAAGAUUCAACUGCAGAGACUGAAAUGCCAACUAUAGGAAUUACUAUUCAAUCGACUACACUCAUGACACCAGACUCAACUACAGGAGGCAAAUCACCAACUGAGAUUCCUGAUUUAUCAACUACAACAGGGGGGAUUUCAACAGAAUUUACAACUACAGGAGUUGCUGAUAAGUCUGUCUCAACAGAAAUUAAAUCCACAUCAGCAGAAUCAACCACUCACGCCACAGCUGAGCCCACCUCUAUAGAUACACCAACCAAGGCUAUUACAGCAAAAUCAACGAUAGCAAUAACAGAACGGCUAACAACUACAUUCACAACAGAGUCCUCUACAGGAAUUAGCAUAGGAAAGGAAACCUCAGUGAUCACUGCACAACCUGAGGUAACCACAUCCAGGACUACAGCAAAUACAGAAGGAUCGAUGACAUCUGCAGUUACUGCCACUGAGAGCUCACCAUCCAGUGCAACCACUGUCUCGCAAGAAAGUCCACUCUUUUCACCACAAUCUACAACACAACCACUGACAACUGUACUGGAACUUACUACAACUGCAACAAAGCCUACACCACUUACAACUCUGGUCCUUGUCAGAUUUACCAGUGAUGAAACGUUUGAUCUUGCACUGCUGGACUCAACUUCCCUUCAGUUUACAAAUCGAGAACAAAGAAUCAAACGUGAAUUUGAGCCAAUCCUUAAAAACGCAUUUACCUCCUUCCUCGGACUGACAGUUAUUCGGUUCCGUUCUGGAUCAGUAAUCACAGACAUGAAUUUGAAAUUCAGCAUGGACAUGCUCCCUGGGGAUAAUAAUAUCACACAAGUUAUCAGGAAUGCAAAUACUACAUUUAAUAUAACCAGUGUGGAUGUUUUGCCGACAAAUGAUGCUACAACUUCAACCGAACCUUCUAUAACAACCAUUACACCCACUACAACCGAACCAACAACAAGCCAGCCUACAGUUACAACACCACCCCAGGAUACAAAAAACCUCCAGACUGCAACCCACUCAACAACUAUAUUUCACCCUGUAACAACUGUGAUCCAGUCAUUAAAGACUUCACAACAAACUGAAAUCCAGCCUACAACUGAAACUCCAUCAACAAUUACUACACAACUAGCAACAGCUACAACCCAGCCUACGUUCUCAACAACUGCCCAGCCAACAAAUACAGUCCAGACAGCAACUAUUUCACAACCAACACAAACUGAAAUCAAACCUAUAACUGAGACCCAGUCAACAAUAACUACAUCACAGCUCACAACAGCUACAACUGAGUCUACGUUCUCAACAACUGCCCAGCCUACAAAUACAGUCCAGACAGCAACUAUUUCACAACCAACACAAACUGAAAUCAAACCUAUAACCACAACAGCUACAACUGAGUCUACAUUCUCAACAACUGCCCAGCCUACAGUCCAAACAGCAACUAUUUCACAAACUACACAAACAGAAACCCCACCUAUAACCGGGGCCCAGUCAACAGUAACUACAUCACAGCUCACAACAGCUACAACUGAGUCUACGUUCUCAACAACUGCCCAGCCUACAAAUACGGUCCAGACAGCAACUAUUUCACAACCAACACAAACUGAAAUCAAACCUAUAACGGAGACCCAGUCAACAAUAACUACAUCACAGCUCACAACAGCUACAACUGAGUCUACAUUCUCAACAACUGCCCAGCCUACAGUCCAAACAGCAACUAUUUCACAAACUACACAAACAGAAACCCCACCUAUAACCGGGGCCCAGUCAACAAUAACUACAUCACAGCUCACAACAGCUACAACUGAGUCUACGUUCUCAACAACUGCCCAGCCUACAAAUACAGUCCAGACAGCAACUAUUUCACAACCAACACAAACUGAAAUCAAACCUAUAACUGAGGUCCAGUCAACAAUAACUACAUCACAGCUCACAACAGCUACAACUGAGUCUACGUUCUCAACAACUGCCCAGCCUACAAAUACGGUCCAGACAGCAACUAUUUCACAACCAACACAAACUGAAAUCAAACCUAUAACCACAACAGCUACAACUGAGUCUACGUUCUCAACAACUGCCCAGCCUACAAAUACAGUCCAGACAGCAACUAUUUCACAACCAACACAAACUGAAAUCAAACCUAUAACCACAACAGCUACAACUGAGUCUACAUUCUCAACAACUGCCCAGCCUACAAAUACGGUCCAGACAGCAACUAUUUCACAACCAACACAAACUGAAAUCAAACCUAUAACUGAGGUCCAGUCAACAGUAACUACAUCACAGCUCACAACAGCUACAACUGAGUCUACAUUCUCAACAACUGCCCAGCCUACAGUCCAGACAGCAACUAUUUCACAACCAACACAAACUGAAAUCAAACCUAUAACUAAUAUCCAAUCAGCAAUUACAUCAAAGCUAACUACAGCUACAACCCAGUCUACAAUCUCUACAAAUGCUCAGCCAACAAACACAGCCCAUUCUGUGACUACUUUACAACCAACACAAACUGCAACCAAACCAAUAACUACGGCUGUAACCCAGACCACAGCAGAGCCUUUAACUUCAAUCCAGCUGACAAAAUUAACCCAACCUCAGAGUACAACUCAAGCUACAAAUAUACCUACAACCAAAUCUGCAGCUUCUGCAAUCCAGACCAAUACUACAACCCAAGCAAUAUCAACUUCAAUCCAAUCAACAAUGACAUCAAACCCUGCGACAACUACAAGUAAACAGCCAACGACUGCAAUUCAAGAGACAACAUUAACCCCUAUAAAACUUACGACUACUGCCCAACCUACUAGCACAAUUCAAGCAACAUUUAAAUCUACAGACAAAUCUACUGCAACUCAGCCUACACUUCAAACUAUAACACAGACGAUAGCUUCUUCCCAGCCAAAUAUAACUCUGUUACCAUUCACAACAACUACAAACCAGGUAAUAACUACACUGGCAACAACUGCAACCCAGUCUACAUCUUCAACUAUAACUCCAUCUAAAACACCAACCCAACUUACCAUAACUACAAUCCAGCCUACAGUAAAUACAUUGAAACCUUCAAGUACUACCCCAUCUAAUGCACCAAACCACAACACAACCGAGCCUUUACUUAAAACAACAGCACCGCUCACAACUACAGUAACAGUCAGAUUGACCAACAAUCAAACAACGACAACAACACCAACAACCACCACAACCACACCACCACCAACAACAACCACAACACCAACAACAACAACCACAACACCAACAACCACAACCACAACACUGACAACAUCUUUUAGCAGAACCCGGGCUGAACCAAAUGUACAGGCAGAGCUUGAAUUAGUGUUUGACCAAACCUCCAAUGAACCCAUCCCCGCCAACGAUGAAAUAGUGCAGACUCUAAAAGAAGCAGCUACAAAUCCAAACUCAGGCUUUAACCUUUCUAUUGAUGUGACCUCCAUCGCUGUUACCAAAUCACUGCAGAUAAUUCCAGUGACCAUCGUGACUAACGGGACCUUCGUGGCUGCUCUUUCAACGAAUACCGCUCUACCCAACAGCACCCAGAUAGUGAACACUAUAGUUAAAGCCGCCAGAAACAACUCCAUACCCUUCCAGAUCUUCACAUUUGAAAUUGUGAUAAACGGCACAAUAUUUUCAUCAGCUGAAGUCGGAAGCAAGAUCAGUGUGUUGAGCGCUGUAUUUCUAGUUGCUGUGUCACUUCUGGUUCCGUGGUUUGAUUGA